CUCUCCCUAAUAAUACCCUUGACGAUGGCACUGUUUCUUCCACAUCCACCGACCCAUGAAUUUCGAGUUUGAUGCCUUGCUCAAAAAUCAGACAUGGGAUCUUGUUCCUCCUCACACUGCUCGCAAUGUCAUUGGAUGCAAAUGGGUAUUUCUGGUUAAGCGUAAUGCCGAUGGUUCCGUUGAACGCUAUAAAGCUCGCUUGGUGGCCAAAGGAUUUCAUCAAUUGCUUGGAAUUGGCUUCAGAGAAACCUUCGGUCCUGUAAUCAAACCCACCGCUGUCAGGACAGUUCUCUCUAUUGCUGUUUCAAGAUGUUCAGAAUGCCUUCUUACACGGCCAUCUAUUUGAAGAUGUUUAUAUGUCUCAGCCUCCUGGGUUUGUUCACCCCCAAUUUUCUAAUCAUGUUUGCAAGUUGAAGAAAGCUCUUUAUGGGUUGAAGCAGUCCCCUCGAGCUUGGUUCUCACAGCUCUCUUCUCACUUACUUGCUUUGGGCUUCAGAGGAUCGAGGCCACAAGAAGUAGUCAUAUUCAUUGUUGGAGGGACGACAUAUGAAGAGUCACAUUCUGUUGCUUUACAAAAUGCCAGCAAUUCUGGAAUUCGUUUUAUGCUUGGUGGUUCUGUGGUUCUGAAUUCUAAGGGGUUUCUGAAAGACUUGGAAGAAGCUCAAAGGAAAGCUCAUUCUAGCACAGUAGUGAUUUGAAGCCCCAUCAUAUGUGUCUUGAGAGCCAAAAGAUAAUUUUUAUGGCUUUAUACGGAGCUUUUGACUUGGUGACUGGCAGUGGUAAGAUUGUUAAUGAAUAUUGGGAAGAGGAACUUGAUGAUCAUCAGAAUCAAUACAAUAUUCACCAAUUUGCAAAGGAAUAAAAAGUAAAUAGGUUUUUUGGAGACUAAACCCAUUACAUAUUGGAAUAUGAGAUAUCACUUAUACGCGGGAAACAAUUUGCAGAUAGCCUUAUUGCUUGUUUAACAACACUACCUUGCCUUGUGAACGAAAAUGUAAAAUCACAUACAAUUUUUUUUUUCUUUCUUUUUUGGAUUGUAUAGAUGCUUGAUUUAUCCUAGGUAGUUUUGUACUUGGACCAUAUUGUGAAAAGUUACGGCUGAGCAUAUGGUUGAGCCAGGGCCAGGGGUUUAGUUUAUACUUUAGCAAUCAAUGUUCUGGUGAAAUGGGAAGUUUAUGAAUAUUUGUGUGUGCAUAAUUGGUAUUGAAACUUUUGCUAUUACAUAUAUUUUGAUCAUGUUUUCUGGUGAAUUAUAUUAUCAAGGA